AGACGCAAUAAAAUCACUUCCUGGAUGUCGCGAUUUUUCCUCCGAAACCUUUGCAGCCUCUUCCCGAUGACUACACGCUGUUAAUUAUCAUUCCUGUAAACCAGGAAGAACGACUCGACACAUUACGACCCAUCACCACUUUACUAGACUCAAAGAUCACUGAUGGAUUGUUUGUGUCUGGGUAAAUUCGUUUCGCUGCGUGUAAAAGCUUCUUCAGGUUUUUUUUUAGCUUAGCUUGUUAGCCGCUAACAAAGAGGUGUUUGUUUUCCACACGUCGCUAAGUAGUGUAAAGUGUUGUGAAUAUCGUGUGAAAAUGUGUGCAAAAAGUGCAAAAGACGAAUACAGAGAGGAACUUUCUGGGAUAAAAGAGAAGAACGAGCGACGUCAUCUACUGGACGCUGUUUUCAAGAAUCCUCAAAUUUUAUUACACAAAGCAGACGCCACUGAAGGAGCUCUUCAUCUUGAUCUGCAGAAGGCAGAGCCCCACGUCAAAGAGGAAGAGAGGUCUGAGACCUUUCACAUCAAAGAGGAAGAGGAGGAGGCUGAUAUCACAAAGUUUCCAUUGACGGUUGUCAUUGUGAAGAGGGAAGAUGAUGAAGACCAAGAGGUGAGUGAAAAGCAUCUUCCUCCUGAGCUAAAGCAGUUGCAGUCAUCUCAGAUUAAAGAGGAGGAGGACACAUCCCCCCACUUGAGAGACGAGGAGGAGGACAUGCAAGAGAUUCUCCACAUGAAAAAGGAAGUGGCGCUGACCGAUAUCACCAAGUUGCCAUCGACUGGUUUCCCUCUGAAGAAUGAAAAUGAAGUUAAAGGACAAAAUGAUGAGACCAGAGGGCACAAGUCUCAAAACUGCAGCAUGACAGCAGAAGGUGAUGGUGACCACUGCGGGGAAUCCCAAGCAGACGGUCUCUUAGCGCCACUAUCGGACAGUGACGACAUAACGUCGCACUCUUCUUACACUGAUGAUGAUGAUGAUGAUGAAGAACACUCGAAAAGUGAAAUGGCAUGUCCCACUGACAAAAAGCAUUGGCAAUGUUCUCAGUGUGGCAAAAGUUUGGGUUCAAAGUGGGGCUUGAAAGGACACAUGAGGUUGCACACUGGGGAAAAACCUUUUUCCUGCUCACUCUGUGGUAAAACAUUUGCUUUCAAGGAACAACUGGGGAGGCACACAGCAUUGCACACUGGAGAAAAACCUUUUGCCUGCUCUGUCUGUGGUAAAAAAUUCCCGACGAAGACAGAAUCAAAAACGCACACAAAGAUACACACAGGGGAACAACCUUUUCCCUGCUCGAUUUGUGGAAAAAGAUUCCCUACACGGGGAAAUUUGACGAGACACACAAGAUCGCACACUGGGCAGAAACCUUUUUCCUGCUCAGUUUGUAGUCAACGAUUCACUGCAAAGACAAGUUUAAUCAAGCACACAAGAAUUCACACUGGGGAGAAACCUUUCGCCUGCUUGGUGUGUGAUCAAAGAUUCUCUACACAGGGAAAUUUAAAAAGACACACGAGGACGCACACUGGGGAGAAACCUUUUGCCUGCUCAGUUUGUGAUCAGAAAUUCUCGACACAGGAAAAUUUCAAAAGACACACAAGAACACACACUGGGGAAAAACGUUUUGCCUGUUCCGUUUGUGGUAAAAGGUUCCAUGUCAAGGCUCACCUAAAAUCCCACACAAUGACCCACACGGAGGAGAAACCUUUUGUCUGCUCGGCUUGCGGUAAAAGAUUCUCUAGAACAGAAAAUUUAAGAGCACACGCCAGAACUCACACUGGGGAGAAAGCGUUUGCCUGCUUGGUUUGUGGUAAAAGAGUUUCUACAAGGGGGUGUUUGAACAGACACGUUACGACGCACACAGGAGGGAAGGCUUUUCCCUGUUCGGUAUGUGGGAAAAGAUUCUCUGUCGAGAGAUAUUUAAAAAAGCAUACAAGAACACACACAGCAGAGAAAUCUUUUACUGGUUCAUUUGUACAACUUUAGUUUGUGACCAGACGAGCUUUGUCUUGAGCAGACGGAUCCGACCCCCUGCAUUAGUUUUUGAAAUGUUGGUAGGCCAUGUGGUUUUUGUCUGAAUCAGGGGUGAAUGGACGUUUUUCUUUCAUCUAUUUUUCUCGUGUUUCUAUUUGCGAGUAAGGCGAGCAAUUGUAUUAAAAGGACUUAAAGUUGA